AUUUCAUAGAACCCUAAUCCCACAAGAAAACACUCUCCUAAAUCAACAAACAUUUUUGGGGGCAUUCAUUCUCUUACACAAAUCACACUUGAAACCCAUCUCCAAUUCACCAUAAAGCCCCAAUCUUCAUCCCCAUUUUCAUGCUUCAAUAACACUCUCACUCUAAUCCUCCAUUAAUGCAUCAACAAACCUUAACCUUAACCCUCAAUCCCCACGUUCCCACGCCCACUUAUGGAACACGAUUCUCUCCCCCACUGUUCAUCCAAAACCCCAGAUUAAGAAUACCCAAUUUGAGAACCAGUUGUGUUGUUAGGAGUAACAAUCAUGUCCCGGUUAAUAAUGGUGUUGAGGUUACUGUUUUUGAAGACGAUGAUUGUCGUGUGUUUCCGUUUGGUUUUGGUGGAGAGAAAGCGGUUGAUGUGGCUACACUUGGGAACCUUUGUGUUGAUGUUGUGCUUAGUGUUGAUAAGUUGCCCCCUUUGGGGUUUGAUGAAAGGAAGGAGUAUAUGGAACACCUUGCUAAAACACCUCCUGAUAAGAAAUACUGGGAAGCUGGUGGUAACUGCAACAUGGCUAUAGCAGCAGCAAGAUUAGGACUCCGCUGUAAUACGAUCGGUCAUAUCGGGAAUGAAAUUUACGGGAAGUUUCUAUUGGACGUGCUUCGUGAUGAGGGAAUUAACGUGAUCGAAAUGAGAGACGAGGAUGACACUAUCGACACAUCAUCAAGGAGUGAAUACGAGACACUUUUAUGUUGGGUCUUGGUGGAUCCAUUGCAAAGACACGGGUUUUGCAGUCGAGCAGAUUUUAGCAAGGAGCCUGCGUUUGCUUGGAUGAAAACAUUAUCUGAUGAAGUGAAGUCAAACAUCCAAAAGUCAAAGGUCCUAUUUUGUAACGGGUAUGGGUUUGAUGAGCUUCCCGCGGGUCUGAUUUCUUCUGCACUGGAGUAUGCGGUUGAAGUUAAUACAUCUAUCUUUUUUGACCCUGGACCAAAGGGAAAGUCUCUUGCGGUUGGAACACCGGAAGAACAAGACGCACUUGCGAAAUUGUUGAGAUUUAGUGACGUUCUUCUUCUAACGUCAGAGGAGGCUGAAUCAAUAACGGGCUUGCGGAACCCUAUAGCGGCUGGAAAGGAAUUUCUUAGUAAAGGAGUUCGCACAAAAUGGGUUAUAAUCAAAAUGGGAUCCAAGGGUUCUGUUUUAAUAACCAAAUCAGGCAUUUCCUGUGCGCCUUCGUUUAAGGUAAAUGUCAUGGACACAGUUGGAUGUGGGGACAGUUUCGUGGCUGCAAUUGCAUACGGUUACAUACACAAUAUGCCAUUGGUUCAUACAUUAACCAUAGCCAAUGCAGUUGGUGCAGCAACCGCAACAGGUUGUGGGGCCGGUAGAAAUGUCGCACGUUUGCAAGAAGUUGUGAGACUUAUAAAGGAAGCAAAUAUUAAUGAAGACGACGACUUUUGGAACAAAUUACUUGAUGAAAUUUCAAACAAAGAAGACAUCACAAUUCUCUCAAAAACAACGGUAAACGGUAUCAAGAACCGAUUUUUUAACCUUGUAAACCUCCAAAAGGUGGUUAGUGAGGUUUUGCAUAAACUUGAGGCUGCAUUGGCAGAUGGGAUAUUGUCUUCUUGAAUGUUAGAAACUGAGAUUUGAUGUGGAUUUUUGUUUGUUUAGAGCAGGAAAUGAAAAUGGUAGAAACUGAUAUUUGAUCAUGUGGUUAAUUGGUUAUGCUGCAUGAUUGAUAAGCAGUGAAAAUUAUUGCUUGUUGCUAUAUUGAUGUAGAACCUGUUCAUGAUUGAGUGUAAUCAAGGAUAGUUAUGGGUAGUUUGUUGAGGC